UUUGAUCAGAUCAGGGGGUACUUUUGUAAUUACAUCAAAGAAGUCUGUUUUCAGCUUCCAACCGUAAAGGCAUUUCGAAGGAGACCAGAGAAGAAAACAAAGAAAAACACGAUGAAGACGAUGGCGCCACCAGCCGCGAUACGGUGGUGCGCAGUCGUAUCGAUACUCAUUCUAUCUCUAUAUAUCUCACCGUCGAUCUCCAUUUACUGCGACGAAGACGAUUGCUAUGAUCUUCUAGGGGUUUCUCAAAAUGCUAAUGCCUCGGAGAUCAAGAAAGCCUACUACAAGCUCUCCUUGAAAUAUCAUCCGGAUAAGAAUCCAGAUCCGGAAUCGAGAAAGCUUUUUGUGAAAAUUGCCAAUGCUUAUGAGAUUUUGAAAGAUGAAGCCACGAGGGAGCAAUAUGAUUAUGCAAUUGCUCAUCCUGAGGAGGUAUUUUAUAACACAGCUCGUUACUAUCAUGCAUAUUAUGGUCACAAAACGGAUCCUCGUGCUGUCUUGGUUGGUCUUCUUCUGAUUCUAUCAGCAUUUCAAUAUCUAAAUCGGUGGACAAGGUAUAAUCAGGCUGUAGACAUGGUCAAGAAGACACCUGCUUACAAAAACAGACUGCGGGCAUUGGAACUUGAACGUAGUGGAGGAACAACUAAUAAGAAGAAGAGUAACAAGCAAAUGGACAACAGGAAAAAGGAGGAAGAUCUCAGCAAAGAGCUUGAGCUGGACAUUAAGGGAGCCGAAAAGCCCUCCAUCUGGGAAUUAAUUGUUGUCCGUUUCAUUCUCCUUCCCUACACUAUUGGCAAGCUAUUGUUGUGGUAUGUCUGUUGGUUCUGGAGAUACAAAGUGAAACGAGCUCCAUAUUCUUGGGAAGAUGCAGCUUACUUGACAAGAAACUCCCUCAGAGUGCCUCUUGAAGCAUGGCUAAACAUUGAUGAAUCAACCAAGGAGGAUCUUAUACAGAGACGUUUAUGGAUUAAGUCAAACUUAGAGAGCUAUAUAGCAGAAAUGCGAAAAGAACACAAGCGCAGAAGAUAGAAGGAUUAUUGCAUCGCUUACUCGAGAUUGUUUGCCCAAACUACAUGCAGGAACGGAACUGCUUUUUACUAAUAUAGACGAUUUUGGUUUGAUUGUACUUGAAGGCUGAGAAGACUGUUGUUGCUAAUUGUUAAGUUUUGAUCCGUAACAUUCAAAUCUAAUUCUUGUAGCGGAGUAUUCAGAAUGUAUUUUUUGUAAACUUCCGUAUAUAAAGUGUAGAUUUAGAUGGCUUUUUUGUGGUCAUGGGCCUUACUUGCUGGUGAGCGAGGGACAUAGUUACAUGGUGUCAAGUGGACUAAAUUGAACCCACUCAACUCUAGAAUAGAAAUAUUUUGUUUAUAUAUAUGCUAUUUCUGAUAGCUGGGAAGGUUAUGUGAUGAAGAAAAAAGGAAAACCAUUAUUGUUGUGUGAAACAGGGUGUUGGUAAAUGUGCUAUAGUAGUAAAUUCUGAAGUAAUAGAACGAAGUUAGUCACUCUUGCUUGGCAAGGAAGCAAGACAUCUAAAUGUUACAACUGGAACCUGCUUUAAAUCCCGACCCAUUUACGACCUCCCGCAAAAUAAGAAGAAUCCAUUUGCCCAUUGUAGCCAAAAGCCCAAAAAAAG